AUGGCUAAGCACCCCCUUAAACAAAACAAAUCUUCAAAACCUAGAAAGGGUAAGCUGAAAUCUGCAUUGACGCGAUAUUACUCAGACGCGAACAAAAAAUACGGUUUGCUCUCCAGGGAAGGUGCAGAAGCAAAAAGGAAAAUUCCAAUAAAGGAUGAUUAUAAAAAUAACACUCAUACCAUCAACGCUACCAUUCAUACAUAUACGAACAAACCAUUCAUACCAUUUGCUCCGACAGACCAUCUAUUACUGGUUGGGGAGGGAGACUUCUCGUUUACACAAAGCAUAGUCCGUGCUCACUAUGUAAAUCCUUCUUGUACUUGGGCGACAAGUCUAGAUUCGGAGGAUGAUGUUUACAAAAAGUAUCCACAUGCAAGAGAUAUCAUUGACUCAUUGAGGAAUAGUGGCGUUCAUGUUGUUUUCAACAUAGAUGCAACACAAUUAAUCAGAUCCUUUAAAUUAAGCUCGAAUGUUAGAAAACAUGCUAAUCGCAAUAUCACGAUGCUUGGAACUAAUCAUAUUGACCUCAUCAUGUUCAAUUUCCCUCAUACAGGCAAAGGCAUCAAGGAUGUCGCAAGGAACAUACUCUUUCAUCAAAAGUUGAUUCACUCCUUUUUUAAAAGUUGCCACGAGUUCUUCAACCUUCUCGAUGCAUCAAAACUAGCCACACAGAAACUUCUCGACGAAAAGACCGGGGUAGCAUUGAGAGAACCCGAUCUUGGUAAAGUACGAGCUAUCCAAUCAGAAAGAUCCAAGAAAAGGAUUGCUUUGGCGUUAUUUGAAGGUGAGCCGUAUGACUCCUGGCAAGUCAAGCGUUUAGCAAGAGAAUCAAUCAACUAUAAAGUUGAAAGAUCAGGGCGGUUUGCGUGGGAAGCCUUUGAUGGUUAUCAUCAUAGAAGAACAAAUAGUAUGAAGAAUACAACGAAAACUGCACAUGAGAGAAAUGCUCGCUUGUAUGUUUUCGAAAAGGAUGCGGAUGCUCACAUCGGACACAUUAGUGGACAAGAAAGGGUUGAGAGUGAUGAUGAAUGA